ACAUUUGAAACUGGUUCACAGAGUUCUCUCAAGUGAAUAGCAGUGGCUCAUUGUGGAGAAAUAUAAAAACUCAGAUUUUUUAUAACAUUUUUAUUAAAGAAAUACAUAACAGAAAUGUCCUUGUUAAUGCGAUUAACCACGAACACGAUUCGAAAUAAUGUUGUGACAUUUCGAAAUAUAACAACAACGAUGACGAAUAGAAUUAAAGAAAUACAACAACGCCAAGAAAAUAAUUCGCUUAUUAUUGAAGCUGUAACAAAACCCUCACCCCGUGCCGAUAAUUUGCUGAAAGAAGCAUGCAGUGCAAAAUUCUGUACCGAAUGUACAUUGGGUUUGGAUAUAAAACAUACGGAUGUUUUGAUUUUGUCACAGUAUGUCCGUUCUGAUGGUUGUAUGUUGCCAAAACGCAUAACUGGUCUGUGCAAUCGGCAGCAAAAGAAAAUUGGAACGCUCGUGACAAUGGCCCAAAAAGCUGGUCUUAUGCCGAAUUUAACACCGGCCAACAGCAAAAAGGAUCCGAAAAAACGUUUCGGUUGGAAAAAGUUCAACAAAUACUUUAAUGAGAAACAAUUAAAUAUUAAAGAAAAGGAAGAAGAAUUAAUUGUAUUGUUAGAUUGAAUUUGUUGCAAUAGAUGUACUUCUAUAUUUAUAA